UCUUAAGGAAUCUUUCGAAGAUCAUUAGUUCGCCAAUUUUCUCCACUCCAACAAAAUACGUCAAUGAGCGCUUUGAUUCGUUCGGUUGCUCGCAACGUGGCCCUGCGUCGCUCGGCUGCCUCUGCUUCUGGUCGUAGUUUCAGCUCGAUCGAGGUAGACCACUACACCUCGGGAAAGCGUAACGAAGGCCAGGGCGGCGCGUCUCAACCAGGAAAGUAUGCGAUCCAGACGUUCAACAAGAUUUCUCCCAUAGGUCUGGCACGCUUUCCGGAAGACAUAUAUAGUGUUCAACCUGCCGAGGGUGCAGAGAGUCCAGCGCACGCCCUGCUGUUGCGUUCGCACAAACUUCAGGAAACGGAAAUCGACGUGUCCGUCCGUGCCAUUGCCAGAUGCGGCGCCGGUACCAACAACGUUCCAGUCGCACGAAUGACAGAAAUCGGUAUCCCUGUCUUCAACACGCCCGGGGCCAACGCCAAUGCUGUCAAGGAGCUCAUUCUCUGUGGCCUCUUCCUUGGAAGCCGUCGGGUUGUGGACGGCAUCAACCACAUGAAGAAACUCGGUCAGCAGGGUUUGGCGAAAGAACGUGUGGAGAAGGACAAGGCCAUGUUUGGAGGGCGCGAACUUAAAGGUAAGACGCUUGCCGUUGUAGGUCUCGGUCAUAUUGGAGCGGGGGCUGCACGUGAUGCGACAGCUCUGGGCAUGAAUGUUCAAGGCUAUGAUCCUGGUCUCAACGUGGAGUCGGCGCUGAAGCUGCCGCGGGACAUGAAGCUCGCCGAUUCCAUUGCUUCAUCCGUCACCAACGCCGACUACAUUAGUCUCAAUAUGCCCUACAUCAAGGGAACGCCAGAAGAAGGUGGCACACACGGUAUAAUUGGGCGGGAUGUGCUCGCACAUUUUAAGCAGGACGCUGUUCUGCUCAAUUUUGCCCGCGGAGAGCUCGUCGACUCGUCCGCCAUGAAAGAAUUUUUAGAUUCGGGCAAUGGACGAUACAUUUCGGAUUUUCCCGAUGACGAAUGUUGGGAUCACCCAAACGCCAUCUUGCUACCCCAUUUGGGUGCAUCUACGGAAGAAGCGGAAGACCAAGCCGCCGCCAUGGCAGCUGACACUAUUCGAGAAUAUAUCGAGCGCGGAAACAUCCGCAAUUCAGUGAACUUUCCUACAACGCAGCUUAGCGAACGGGGCGAAGAUAUUAUUCGCAUUAGCGUAAUCAACAAGAACAUCCCCGGAUGUUUGGCUAAGAUUACAUCCUGUAUCGGCGAAAUGGACGUUAAUAUUGUGCAGCAAAUCAACCAGUCUCGUGGAGAGAUAGCCUACAAUGUCAUUGAUUUGGAUGUCAAGACGGACCACGAGGGCAAAGUCAAUUUGACGAAACUGCAAAGAGAAAUUACCAUGCUGGACGGCGUUUUGAGUUCCCGCAUACUUUCGGGCAUCCGUGGAGCGGGAUAUGCGAGAAAUAUUGACGGCGAUUACCAUGUUUAAUCAGGGACUGUCAAUUCGUGAUUUUUUUGG